AUGUUCACUGAUCCAAAUACCCUGGAACAAGAGGAAUUUGUGGAGACACAGUACUACAAAGAGUUGGAUUCUAUUGACAAACAACACUACGCGACUGGAAGUGGGUUUAUAAAGGUAGUGAGUGAAAAGGGUGAAGAAGAAUAUGCCCUUCAGUUGCCAGGAGCUGAAGAAAACAUUAAUGGAGGAUACAGAAAAAUGGGCAGAGAAAAGACAACAAAAAUGCUGAAGAUUAUGGGAGGAGAGGAGGAGAUAGUCGUGAAUACUCUCACUGCCUAUAAGGCAGCACAUGAUAGGUUGGCUUUUAUUAUAAAUUUCUUCAAUCUCAAUGUUCAACUUUCAGUUUCUGGAGUGGUGAUAACCGUUGCAAUUGUGGCUAUAGUAUUUGCAAUAAUUGACUGCUUGAAGAAAACAGGAAGCGCAAUUCCAAUGUACGCCCGGAUAGCCACCAAUGAGAAAAUGAAGGCUACAGAGCAACCUCUUACAAGCGACAGCGUCGCAGUGGCUAUACCACCCAAUUACCCUUUGAGUAUCGACUCGCAGGUUCAAGGAGCUACUGAGGAGAGAAUUCUCUGCAACAUUGCCAGAGAGAAGCCCAUCGCGUUUUCGCGUCAGGAGAUUGAAGAGAAUUCACCAAAGACUAUACCAAAUUGGGUUCUGUUGCAGCCAGAAGCAAGACCAGCUAUGAGCACCGUAGUGAAAAUGUUGGAAGGAGAAAUAGAAAUAACACCACCUCCGUAUCCAAAAUUUCAGAGUUUGGAAUAUCGUCUUGGUCGCUUUGGCUUGGCCAGUGGGACAACUUCUGAACCAUCCUCUUCCAACCAUGUACAGGGAACACUGGGGAUAGAGUCAUCUACUUAG